CUGUGAAGGCUUUGACAAUUACCAAUAGUGUCCACUGUCUUUAACAUUGUAACAAAAUAUUUGUAAAGGUUGACCCAGAAUAGCAACUAUUCGAAGUUUUGGAACAUGCGGUCGUACUCUAUACGAUCGCAGAUGUCAGAAUUUAAAAGGUAACCUUCCGAUGGGUUUUGUAUAUUCAGUAUGUGAGGUGGAAUUAGCUCAAAUUAUGUGUACACAGUGUAUGAACAAUGGGAUAAUUUCGAGAAGAAAUGUCGACUUGGAAAUGUCGAUAGUUAUGGUUGCUAUUGGGUGUUUUUAAACGCAAAACCAUGUUUUUGAUUAUCGUUCACACAGAUGGAUGCGCCGAUUUGAUUAAAAUAGCAGAUCGAUGGUGUGAUUUACAUAUUGAUUUUGAAAUUGGCUUUGCCAUUAAUGACUCAGUCGAGUGAGUGUAAUGUUAUAAAUCCUUGAUUGACCCACACGACCGAGUCUGAUGAGGCGCAUUGCUCUGGUGUUAUAGUGCUUCACCAAUCUGCCUACUCCACUCACUUAAUGAGUGGUGUGUAUAAAAGCUAUAUCCAAUCUCAUGUUAAACACUCAGUCACAUUCUACUCAUUAUCUGGAAUUUGAUGUUCCAAGUUUCGAUGAAUUGAAUUACUUUGAUGUAUGGGACAGCGUGUUGGAAUUUACACCAUACAAAACUAUAUAAAACUUUACCAUCGUGUACCAGUGGGCCAUAAGAUGUCCACUAAUUUUUCCUCAUCGGAUGAUGCUGCGUCCACACCGCUGCCCACCCUCAUCCCAGUGCUGUUCGCCCGGGAGCAACCGCUCCGCUACGCGGCACCGAGUGUCAUGGUGCUCACGCUCCUCAUCGGCGUUGUCGGUAACGCCUGCCUACUUUUGGUCAAUCUCCGGGCAAAGAGGAGCAAGUCAUGCAACGUGUUGGACGUCCCCCUGACCACCCUAGCGAUUGUAGACCUAGUUCUGCUUGUCGUCACCGGACCGUUUUUUGCUGUCGAGUUCGUUCUUGAGGACUGGCCGUUCGGGGAUGCCGCAUGCCGGCUGCUGCUCCCAGUGAAUCACCUCACGGAGACGGUCGGUGCGUACACUGUCGGCUUACUCGCUCUUGAUGAGUGCCUUGUCAUUGCUCUACCGAACUCUUAUGCCCGCCGUCGUGACCUAAAGGCGGCAGUUGCUUCAAACCUAGCUGUAUGCUUAAUCUCGUUUCUCCUCACGAUUCCAGCUUAUAUCUUCACCACAAACCAUCAAACAAUGUACCGGGCAUCGUUCUGCACAAUGCAUAUGCCUGGUGUUGCCCACGGCAUCCAGUUGUAUGCUUUUGUGAUAUGUUUCUGCAUCCCACAAUGCAUAACUCUUUCUUGCCUGUUGUGGAUCUUCUACAAGUCCAACGGUAACUUAUGGCGUCCCGCGAACGACGAGAGCCAGCCCAGGAGCAAGCAGACGCGAUCGAUGGUCCUGCUCAUUGCGUCUCUAAGCGGCGCUCAAAUUCUGCUCUGGCUGCCGUACCACAUAGUCUCGUUCCUCCGCUCCGGUAUCUUUUCACCAGCUAUAACCCGUCAAGAUGUCCACUCUUAUACAGCCAUAGCAUGCUACGCCUACGCCUACUCAGCAAUCAAACCAAUGUUGUACAUUUUCCUUAAUGAGGAUAUCCGUAACCGUUUCGUAGGAGCGAUUCCCCUGGGGUGGGGGAAGGGAAUCCAGGGAAUACGCCACGGGGCUCGGGAGCCUAACUCCCCCGUACAUUUUCAGUUUGACACGGCAAGUGGAAGUGGCAGAGUACCAUCAAUGAGUUCUCUUCGUACCAUCCCUGGCUAUCCAAAUGUGGGGAUCAACGGUGAGGCUGAGGGUGUAAUGGACUGUCCAGAUCGGAGUUGGCGCUUGUAAAUUUAUUUAACCAUACACACAGUAAGAUUUUCGCGUGCAAAAAAGACCUUUCUAUUGCAUCAGCACAGCCCGAGUUUUUGCCAACCGAUGUUGGGAAAACUAUGGGAAGCCAUUAAUGCAAAAAUAACAAGUGAUAGCUACUGUUUGUGACAAUGUUACAAUCUUUAAACAUUGUGUUGAAUUUGAUGGAAACAAAGCAAACAAUCACGGGAGGUUUUACAUGGAAUUGAAAGUUUGCAGUAAAUAUUGAAUUUGUUAAACAAAAUCAGUUGGCACGAUCUAGUGUUUUGCCAUUAUUCGGCCGUCCAUACCAACCCGCUUGGUUUGUUUAUCAUCAAUGGAAAGGUCUAUUAUUUUGUGGAAUAAGUGCGUCUUGAAUUGCAUUGGUUAUGACAACUGUGUCGGUUUUUGUGAGCAGACAUUUUGAUACAGCCCUUUUGUUUGUUUCUGGUUUGCUUCUCGUCCAUUUAAUUAUUUAAUUGUUGCCAAUCAGUAACUUGAUUGUCUUUGAUUCAAAUACUUGAAUAGGAUUUGAAACUUUGGAUGGUGAAAGUAUAGCUAGUGGAGAUAGGAGGGAGCACCAUGUGAAAAUCUCUUUUAAAUAAUGUUAGCUCUGAAACGAACCGGUGGUUGUCAUGGAAGUAAUAUGGAAAUAAUUGUCAGGUUUAAUGGACUUAUGGUUUCUCCAUAACAUAAUACUCCAUGGAAAAACAAACAAAUUUCACACGUUAUUUUGUUGAUUAUGACUUGUUGACUGUUUAUUGAUUUACAUGGCAUUUUUUGCUAAAAAGAUAAUUUAUUCACAUUGUUAUAAUUAACUCCAUAAUCUAAAGCAACUAAACAAGUUUUCAUAAUUUAAAGAUGCAAAUCCCAGUUUUUCUUACCGCUUUUUUGCGAUUAAAGCAAAAACAUUGAUUUUACUGCCGGUUCGUUUUGAGGUUUGUUCGCAAUUCCUUCGUGUUAUUGAUUGUAAUUAUUAUGUAGAUGUUUUGGUUUCGAAUAAAGU